GGAAGGGAAGUCUCGCCUACUGGAACCGGCUCUCUGGCUGCGACCCUAGGGUCGGUCGUGGGCGUUUUGUGACACCCUUGCCUGUCUCCCCUCGUACGCUCUCUGCAGGCGGCGACCGGCCACAGCUACAGCGGGCCCAGGGCGUGCGUCCCGGGUUUUUUGUGACACCUUAAAUAUGAGCCCCACGCAGUGGGACUUCCCUGUGGAAUUAUGUUGUCGGCCUAUGGCUUUUGUUACACUUACAGGCCUCGAUGUGGUUUAUAAUGCUGUACAUCGAGCUGUCUGGGAUGCUUUCUGUGCCAAUCGAAGAGCUGAUCGGGUACCAAUUUCUUUCAAGGUGCUCCCAGGUGACCAUGAAUAUCCCAAAUGUAGACCCAAGAGAACUUCCUAUGAAUGGUACAUUCCUAAAGGGAUCUUAAAGACUGGCUGGAUGAAUAAGCAUCUGAAUCUGGUGCCUGCCCUGGUGGUUGUGUUCUAUGAACUGGACUGGGAUGAGCCUCAGUGGAAAGAAAAACAGUCUGAAUGCGCUACCAGAGUGGAAAUUGUCAGGCAAAGUUUACAAGGAAGAAACACAAAAGUCGCAGUGGUUCUGAUUCAGAAGAAAACCCCCUUGCCCCCAGGAGAAGAUGUCAUUGCUUCAGAAAGGGCUGCAGCUUUAUGCAAUGCAUGUGAACUCUCAGGAAAGUCUUUGUUUGUGCUGCCCCACACUGACCACCUUGUGGGUUAUAUUAUAAGAUUAGAAAAUGCCUUUUAUGAGCAUGCACAGACUUAUUACUACACUGAGAUUAGAAGAGUGAAAUCUCAUAAAGAAUUCUUGAAUAAAACAACACACCAGCUUUUAUUUGUUAGACAUCAGUUUAAAAUAGCUUUCUUCAGUGAGUUGAAACAAGAUACACAAAAUGCUCUGAAGAAUUAUAGGACUGCCUAUAAUCUUGUACAUGAAUUGAGAGCUCAUGAAACUAAUAUUCUGGAAAUCAAGACCAUGGCAGGAUUUAUAAAUUAUAAGAUCUGUAGGCUGUGUUUUCAACACAAUACCCCAUUGGAUGCAAUUGCUCAGUUCCGAAAGCACAUUGACUUGUGUAAGAAAAAAAUUGGAAGUGCGGAAUUGUCUUUUGAGCAUGCUGCAUGGAUGUCUAAACAAUUCCAGGCCUUUGGAGAUUUAUUUGAUGAAGCUAUUAAGUUAGGGUUAACAGCUAUUCAAACUCAGAAUCCUGGUUUCUAUUAUCAGCAGGCAGCCUAUUAUGCUCAGGAGCGGAAACAGCAUGCAAAAACCCUUUGCAACCAUGAAGCUUCUGUAAUGUAUCCCAAUCCUGAUCCCUUAGAAACACAAACAGGCGUUCUUGACUUUUAUGGACAAAGACCAUGGCGACAAGGAAUACUAAGUUUUGAUCUUUCUGAUCCUGAAAAAGAGAAGGUGGGAAUUCUUGCCAUUCAGCUUAAAGAGAGAAAUGUUGUUCACUCUGAAAUCAUAAUAACUCUCCUGAGCAAUGCUGUUGCACAGUUCAAAAAGUACAAAUGUCCAAGAAUGAAAAGUCAUCUAAUGGUUCAAAUGGGAGAAGAAUAUUACUAUGCAAAAGAUUAUACCAAAGCUUUGAAAUUGCUGGAUUAUGUGAUGUGUGAUUAUCGGAGUGAAGGAUGGUGGACUCUGCUCACAUCUAUAUUGACUACAGCUUUGAAAUGUUCCUACCUUAUGGCCCAAUUAAAGGAUUACAUUACUUAUUCCCUAGAACUCCUUGGAAGAGCUUCAACUCUGAAAGACGAUCAGAAAUCUCGUAUAGAAAAAAACCUCAUAAACGUUUUAAUGAAUGAAAUUCCAGAUCCUGAACCUGACUGUGAUGUCUUAGCUGUAAAAACUGCUCAGAAGCUGUGGGCAGACCGAGUUUCUCUGGCCGGCAGCAAUGUCUUCACAAUAGGAGUACAGGACUUUGUGCCCUUUGUACAAUGCAAAGCCAAGUUUCAUGCCCCAAGUUUUCAUGUUGAUGUUCCUGUUCAGUUUGAUAUUUAUCUGAAGGCUGAUUGUCCACAUCCCAUUAGGUUUUCCAAACUCUGUGUCAGCUUUAAUAAUCAGGAAUACAACCAGUUCUGUGUAAUAGAAGAAGCAUCUAAAGCAAGUGAAGUUUUGGAAAAUUUGACCCAAGGGAAGAUGUGUUUAGUUCCUGGUAAAACAAGAAAAUUGUUAUUUAAAUUUGUUGCAAAAACUGAAGAUGUGGGAAAGAAAAUUGAGAUUACUUCUGUCGACCUGGUUCUGGGCAAUGAGACGGGCAGGUGUGUGGUUUUGAGUUGGCAGGGAGGAGGAGGAGAUGCUGCUUCCUCCCAGGAAGCCCUGCAGGCUGCACGUUCUUUCAAAAGACGACCUAAACUCCCUGACAAUGAGGUUCACUGGGACAGCAUAAUCAUCCAGGCAAGCACAAUGAUCAUUUCCAGAGUUCCAAACAUUUCUGUGCAUUUGCAACAUGAGCCUCCUGCCCUGACAAAUGAAAUGUAUUGUUUGGUUGUGACUGUUCAAUCUCAUGAGAAGACCCAGAUCAGAGAUGUGAAACUCACUGCUGGUUUAAAACCAGGACAGGAUGCGAACUUAACUCAGAAAACUCAUGUGACUCUUCAUGGAACAGAACUGUGUGAUGAGUCCUACCCUGCUUUACUUACUGACAUUCCUGUUGGAGACUUACAUCCAGGAGAACAGCUGGAAAAAACAUUGUAUGUUCGCUGUGGAACAGUGGGCUCCAGGAUGUUUCUUGUGUAUGUUUCUUACCUGAUCAAUACAACUGUUGAAGAAAAGGAAAUUGUUUGCAAGUGCCACAAGGAUGAAACCGUAACAAUAGAAACUGUCUUUCCAUUUGAUGUUGCGGUUAAGUUUGUUUCCACAAAGUUUGAGAACCUGGAAAGGGUCUAUGCUGACAUCCCUUUUCUGCUGAUGACGGACCUUUUAAGCGCCUCACCAUGGGCCCUCACUAUUGUAUCCAGCGAACUACAGCUUGCUCCCUCUAUGACUGCAGUGGAUCAGUUAGAGUCCCAGCUGGACAAAGUUGUCUUACAGACUGGAGAGAGUGCUAGUGAAUGCUUUUGUCUUCGAUGCCCAUCUGUUGGAAAUGAAGGUGGAGUAGCAACUGGACAUUAUAUUAUCUCCUGGAAGAGGACUUCAGCCAUGGAAAACAUCCCUGUCAUCAGUACAGUCAUCACGCUGCCACAUGUGAUUGUAGAAAAUAUCCCUCUCCAUGUGAAUGCAGAUUUGCCAUCGUUUGGGCGUGUCAGAGAAUCUUUACCUGUCAAGUAUCACCUACAGAACAAGACUAACUUAGUUCAGGAUGUGGAAAUUUCUGUGGAGCCCAGUGAUGCCUUCAUGUUCUCAGGUCUCAAACAGAUUCGAUUACGCAUUCUACCUGGCACCGAACAGGAAAUGUUAUAUAAUUUCUACCCUCUAAUGGCCGGAUACCAGCAACUGCCAUCUCUCAACAUCAACUUGCUUAGAUUUCCAAAUUUCACAAAUCAGCUGCUCAGGCGUUUUAUACCUACCAGUAUUUUUGUAAAGCCACAGGGUCGACUCAUGGAUGAUACUUCUAUUGCUGCUGCAUGAUGCUCAAGGCCAGCCCUCGGCUGUUCUCACACAGAGGAGUCAGACAGAGUGUUUCAUUGUAACCUGUAGCUUUGAUCAUGGUAAAAAGUUAAUCUGUUCUAUUUUUUAAUGGAUGUUAUACCAACUGUUCAGAGGAACUCAUGCUUAAAAUAUUAAGAAAAUCAUCCUCUUAUAGUUUCACUAAUAAAUAUUUGAAAUCUGUCAGUGUGAUGUGAAUGGACUUCAGACCCUUGAUACCAAAUGAUACAAAAGUCAUUUUAUGAAUGGUAAGUUCUUCCAAAAGUAAGUGAUUUUCCUGAGGAAUUUUCAGAGGAAAAUAAAGCAUCUCAAACAUGAUCAGACCAAGAGAGGAAAAUGCACCAGUGUCUGCACCCAUGCAGUUCUCAAUCUCUUAUGAGUCUCUCAGAGUUGGCCAAACUGGAGAUUAUCCAUCUUCAUAACUCCAGUGUGUGCUCACAAUAUAUAUACAACAGCACACUUGUUACAGAAAAGCUCCAGAAAGUUUUAAGCUAAACAAUUUAAAGAUAUCAAAAUAUUUUUGCCUGCCAUGAAAAAUUGUCAGAUAGGUUCAGCCUGCAACCAAAUGUGGAUCACUUACGAAGCAGGUUCAUAUUUCUGAAGGACCUGAGCUGCAAGGAUAUGAUUAUAAACAUAAUGUCCUAAACUAAAAGUUUUUGAGAAUGAUGUAAAGUUUGAAUAAAAGGUCUCAAUUAUGUCAUGCAGUUCCAGAACUCUUGAAAAUUCAUGUAAAUAAAAAUUGUCUUUGUUAAAAUAUCUCAAUAAUUUAGAACUACCUGAUUUCUUGCAAACUGUUACUAUUUAAAAAGUGGAAGCAUUGUAAAAAGAAAAUAUGAUGUAAAUAAUUAUCUUCUCUUUCAAAUAUGCUUAUAUAUAUAUAUAUAUAUAUAUCUUUAUUUUGAACUUGGUUUCACUUCAGCUUCAUGAAACAGCUUUUAGUAAGAGCACUGUUCAUGCGGUAUAGUGGAGAGCAUAGGACUGGGAAGUGGGUAUCUGUGGUCUAGAACUGGCUCUGCUAACCAUCACUGAGACUUGGACAGUGGGCUAGGCUGUGUUGGGAGGGUGGAGACAUGACAGGAAUCCACUGGAAUCAAAUUCACCUCUACUCUUGCUGGCAGGUGACUCUGUUCAAGUUACUCAGCCUCUAUCUCAGUUUUCUCACAUAUAAGAUGUAAAUGAUAAGACCUGUCGCAGACUCGGUCUGAGAAUGCUGUAGAUUAAUAUACAUCGGAAGAGUUGGAACAGUGCCUGACCCAAAGUACAUGCUCAGCCACUGUCAUUUAUAUCAUUACUUUUGAUGGAAGUUGAAGAGGAUAUUCCUGCAUCACCUGGAAAGGUCCACAUUAUCAGAAUUUGUUAAAUGUUUUACAUAAUGCAGCACAUACAUAGUAUACACAGGUAUGCAUAAAGAUGUGUGUGUAUGUAAAUAUAUAAAACUGUAAACAAAAGUUUCAUGAAACAAUAGUUCCAUUCUUUAUCUUUUUAUAUUUUGUAUAUUACUGUGUUUUGUUUAAAAAAAAAAAAGCCUUCAUUAGAGCUUGGUAAAUUGAUUUCAUAAUU